UACCUGAGGGGCGGGGUCUGCAGAGCGUCAUGUGUGGGGCGCGCUCCAGGCCAGGAUGGCGGGGCCGGUGAAGGACCGUGAGGCAUUCCAGAGGCUUAGCUUCCUGUACCAGGCCGCACACUGCGUCCUUGCACAGGACCCCGAGAACCAGGCGCUGGCGAGGUUCUACUGCCACACAGAGAGGACCAUAGCGAAGCGGCUGGUUUUGCGGCGAGACCCCUCGGUGAAAAGGACCCUCUGUCGGGGAUGUUCUUCCCUUCUCAUCGCAGGCCUGACCUGCACGCAGCGCCAGAGACGCUGCAGGGGACAGCGCUGGACAGUACAGACCUGCCUAACAUGCCAGCGCAGCCAACGGUUCCUUAACAAUCCCGGGCAUGUGCUCUGGGGAGACCGGCCUGAGGCCCAGCUGGGGAGCCAGGCUGAUCCUAAACCACCACAGCCCCCGCCAAACACAGCCCACCUUCCUGAGGAGAAAAUGCAGCCUCAGAGCUCCAGUCACCAGUGAUGGAUUCACCCUAUCUUCCAAAUAAACAAAUUUAAUUCUGCUUCA